AUGUCUCAAGACGCUAAACCCACCUCCUCAAUCGCCAUUCUCGGCGCUGGAGACGUCGGCGCAACAAUUGCUUACAGCCUCAUCAUGAACCCAGUCGCCGGCGACAUCCUCAUCGUCGACCCCAAGGAGGAAGUUCGGGACGCCCAAGUCGCCGACCUGAGCGAUGCGACAUUCCACGGCAACACAAGCACACGCGUGCGAGCAGGAACGCACAAAGAAGCCGGCCAAUGCGACAUUGUCGUCAUCGCCGCGGGUGCGAAACAGAAGAAGGGAGAGAGCAGGACUGAUCUGAUUGGAAGGAACAAAGCGAUUCUGGAGAGCGCGAUUGGGGAUAUGAAACCUUUCCGCGAAGAUACUGUCGUGUUGCUCGUUGCGAACCCCGUCGAUGUCCUCACGUAUUUUGCACAGCAGUACUCUGGGCUGCCCAAGAGCCAGGUUAUUGGAUCCGGCACUUUCCUCGACUCUGCACGCCUGCGCGGGAUUUUGGCGAGUAAGGCUGAAGUCGCGGCGAGUAGCAUCGAUGCGUACGUUCUUGGUGAACAUGGCGAGAGUCAGUUUGUUGCCUGGAGUUUAGCUUCCAUUGGAGGUGUGCCGUUAUCUUCUGCCCUAUCUUCAUCAUCAUCAUCCUCCUCCUCCUCCUCCAACCAAGGAAAAGCGAUUGAUAAAAAUGCCAUUGCGGAAGAAACGAAGAAUAAAGCAACAAAUAUUAUUGAGAAUAAGGGGGCAACGAAUUACGGCAUCGGCGGUGUCGCAGCAUCCAUUUGCAAGUCGAUAUUGUUUGAUGAGAAGAUUGUUAGGCCGGUCAGUCAUUAUCAGGAUGGACUGGAUGUGUGUCUGAGUAUGCCGGUCGUCUUGGGUAGGAAGGGAGUUGUCAGGAGUGUGCCGAUGCCGCUUAAUGAUGAAGAGAAGGGAUUGCUGGAGAAGAGCGCCAAGGCUUUGAAGGAGGUUAUUGAGGCAUGA